AUGGGAUAUGCUACCUCGAUUAUACCAGCCUCCCUCAGCCUUCUAGAUAAGCAAACCCAAGCGGAUGUCUUGGCUAUCUACUCUUACAUCUCUGUCUUAUUCUACAUGCAGGCUACCUCAAGCCAGGUCAAGAGCUUCCCGUCGUUGGUUAGGUCGCUUGGCCUGGGGCAUCACAAGUCGCCACUUGAAGAGCCGGCGUCUGGGCGACCCACUUUCACCGGCACUCGGAUCCGGAAACAAUGA